UUCACGCUCACAAAUUAACGCUGCGUUUUGUUCGACGUCCCUUCCUGACUUGCAUCGCUCGUAUUUCAGCCAUCAUGUGCUCUUAUAUGUCUUUGUUGCGCCCAUGCGUCCGCACAACUGCACCUCGAUUAGCUUGGGCUCGCCCUAUUGAACACAUUCCUGCCACCUCAAAGCGCCUUAUAUACACGCCACGAACGUCAAUCCUCAUCCGCCCCUCGAUCGUCGUUGAUAGAGCACGCCUUCCUUCUACUGCACGUUUCGAAUCUAGCGCAUCCACACCGCCGCAGAACACAUCGAUCCAGGCACCAGAAUCGCGACUCGACCGCGAUCAAGUGCCUUCCUACGAGCUUACAUUUACUUGCAAUGUUUGCAAGACUCGUUCGUCGCACAGGCUGUCAAAACAAGGAUACCACAAGGGCACUAUCUUGAUAUCAUGUCCUGAUUGCAAGAACAGGCACUUGAUCAGUGACCAUCUGAAGAUCUUUUCCGACAAAUCUAUCACAAUCGAAGACUUGAUGAAGGAGAAGGGCGGACUUGUCAAGCGCGGCUCUCUGAGCGCAGAGGGCGAUGUCGAAUUCUGGGACGACGGCUCUUCCACCCCACGCUCUGCGCACUUCCACACCCACGCAUCACCAGCGGGCGAAGAACGCCUGACAGACAAGAACCAGCCACCUACAGAUACACCAAAAGAGUGAAAACUCUGAAUACCCCAGCUGCUGGCCGGCACGAUUAUACCCUGUACAACACCGAUAUCUGUAAUAUAUUGGAGCGACAACUGUCCCACGAACGAAUAGACUCAAGUUACAUCCGGCGGAAAUCGUGCAAUUGCAGCGUGGUCAUUUCCUAACUGAUGAGAAGAUCUUACCUAGAGCGAAGUCCAGCGGCCAAGCUUCUAAAACCAGAACAAGCCGGCUGCAACAGCAGACUCAUUGUAGCCUCCAGAAGACUUAACAGGUUACAAACAUAAGACAGACUAACAUGGACUACCUCCCAUAUUCCCAAGAAAGCCGACUUUCUCUGCUACCGUACGGCAUGGCUCGAUCCACUCACUACGCAUUUCGACAAGGACACUUUCGAUGUUCGAUCGCUUUGUUAGACUGGUUGAUUGUUUCGAUGAAGACCACCAAUAUUCCGAGAGGAGCACGCCCC